AUGAUCAUUACACCGAUCCUAGACGAAACUGAAGAAUCUCAAUAUGAAGACCAUGUACGGACAACUCCAACUUCGCCUCCACCAGCUAAUGACGUCCAACUUCAAUCUAAUGAUACUGCGCAGCCAAAUGCAGCUGAUGGUGACGAUGCCGAGGAUGAAGCUACCAAAACAAGAACAGGGAGGAAGAGGUUUAUGUAUGUUCCAUGUCCACAUACAGCUGAGGUCCUCUCGGAAGCAUUGAUGGAAUGUCUGUUGGAUUGGAAUAUUGAUGGUAAGAUAUCUACUAUUACUGUUGAUAAUUGCACCACUAAUGAUCUUAUGAUCAAAAAUACCUUGGAAAAAUUGUCAAGUAACUCAUUACUAUUGGGUGGAGAUUUGUUUCGUAUGCGUUGUUGUGCGCACAUACUAGCUCUCAUAGUCAAGCAAGGAUUAGAAGGGAUUAAAGGGGCAAUCGAGUUGAUUCGUAAUAGUGUUUCUUACUGGAAAGCAACACCAAAACGAGUUGAAAAAUUCGAAGAGGCUGCCCGUCAGUUAAAUAUUGCAUGUACAAAUAAGCUAGUCCUUGAUUGUGAGACUAGAUGGAACUCUACAUAUAUGAUGCUUAAUAUUGCUAUUAAGUAUCAAAGGGUCUUCACUCGCCUAAAGCAACGAGAGCCACAAUAUAAGUAUUUGCCCGGUGAAGAAGAUUGGUCGUUGGCAAGGGAGAUGUGUGAUAAAUUGAAGAUAUUUUAUAACUUCACGGAGAAGUUUUCUGGAGUAAAAUAUCCUACAACCAAUCUUUUUUUUCCAAGUAUUUGUGAGAUUAGAUUGUCAUUGAACGAGUGGAGUAAAUCUAAAUUUGAUGUGAUAAGAGAAAUGGCAUCAGGUAUGAUAGAAAAGUUUCAAGAGUAUUGGAUGGUGAUCAAUGGGAUAAUGGCAGUAGCAAUUAUGUUGGAUCCAAGGUUUAAGAUGAAAUUGAUUCAGUUUUACUUCCCGCAAAUUUAUGGUCCAUCUUUUGCAGACUUCGAAAUGACUCGAGUAAGCAAUUUAUGUUUUGAUUUGGCUAAAGAGUAUGAACUGAAAGUAUUUGCUGAUAAAUCUAUUGGCCAAAGUGAUUUUUCAUCCACUUCUCGAUCAGAGAUGUAUGGUUUAGAUGAUGACGUAGAUCCUUUGGAUAAAUUUGAUAUGUUUGUCUCUAAUAGCACUCAGACUAGUACUGUUAAGUCAGAGUUAACAUGUUAUUUGGAGGAAAGUCUUUUACCUAGGGCGAAUGAUUUUGACAUACUAGCAUGGUGGAAGACAAAUGGAAUCAAAUAUCCGGUAUUGCAGUGUAUGGCUAGAGACAUCUUAGCGAUUCCAGUGUCUACAGUUGCUUCAGAAUCUGCUUUUAGCACUGGAGGUAGAUUUGUGAGUAUCCAACGUAAUCGACUUCAUCCAAAAACAUUGGAAGCUCUGAUGUGCACUCAAGAUUGGCUGUGGGAUAAGAUGGAAGGUGAAUUAAAAUCAGAACGGGGAACUUUUUGGGAAGAUAAUGAAGAAGACCAUGAUGAGAUUAUUAACAUGGAGGAAGAUGGUUAA